AUGGAUUUUAAUUAUCCCGUUUCUCCUCGCGUAUUUCAUGCUCUUCAAAUGGUUAAUAUUAAAGAACUUUCUAAAUGCUCACAUAGAGAAAUAAGGCCGGUUUUACCUUGUUUGGUUAGGAUGAGUUUAAUAUCUCCAUUAGAUUCUACUAAAGAAUGUUCGGAAGGACGAAAAGAAUUAUUAAAAUUAUUGACAGGCAUUGAGCAUGUUAAUUCUAUAGUAGCGUUACUUUCAAUAGACUUUCACGCUUUAGAAGUUGAUGUAAAAAAGGAACAGCAAAUGAGACAGAAACAUGGCACACAAUCUGAGGGUAUAUUAAUUCAUUCAGUUCAAAAUGGAAUAGCAUUGGAAUUUGAAAGAAGUGAUUCUACUAGAAGAUUAAGAUUGGUUCUUAGUGAAAUUCUUGGUAUAGCAGCUCAAAUUUGUCAACAUAAUGAAACUUAUAUUAAGCAAUCUGAUUUAUUUGACAAUGCAGUUUAUCUUGAAGAAGUGUGUGAUGUUUUGUGCAUUGCUUUAGCAGAAUUACCAGCUCUCCUUACAAUACAAGAUGUUGUAGAAACAUUAUUACACGUUAAAUUUGGUCCUGCCGUCAUUUGUUGGAUUCUGGCAAAUGCUCCUGAUUACUUUUGGGAAGUUUGUACAGCUUUAAUUGCUAAUGGAGAAAGACAAGAUGAAGAAAGCACAGGAGGAAAAAUUAGAAAUAAAACCUUAAGAAUGCUUUCUCAAAUGAAUCCAUCUCAAGCUUUAAUGAUUAGAGCCAAAUGUAUUGAACUUUGCAGAAUGCCUGCUUUGGCCAUAUUACUUAGUUUAGAAUCUGGAGGUGUCGGAGACAUGGUAGCUUUUGUUUCUGGUUUACUUUUAGGUAGCGAUCAAGCUGUUAGAAAUUGGUUUGCUAUUUUUAUUAGAAAUGGUCAAAAGGUUAGUUUUUUUGCUUUACAAUUGCUGAGAGGUGAGCUUUUAAAGCAACUACAAAAUAUUAUUCAAAAGUCUUUGGAUUCCGUGCUUCCUGAUGCAUAUGUAGUUCAGGCUUCUGCAUUUUUAAGGCUAUAUUCUGCACUGAGAUGCAUAGCUGGAAUCAAAUUUCAAGAUGAUGAAGUUUCGUUGUUGGUUCAAUUACUAACAUCCAAACCUCCUCCAACUUCUGCCGGAAUUAGGUUUGUAUCACUUGGUCUUUGCAUGCUAAUCGCAUGUCCGUCAUUAAUUGCAACAUCUGAACACGAACGCAAAUCUGUGGCCUGGGUUCAAUGGCUUGUCAAAGGAGAAGCCUAUUUUGAAAGCGUUUCCGGUGUUUCUGCAUCCUUUGGCGAAAUGCUUUUGCUAAUGGCAAUACACUUUCAUAGUAAUCAAUUGUCAGCAAUUUGCGAUUUAGUUUGCGCGACGUUAGGAAUGAAAGUACAAUCACGAUCAAACAAUAUGGCUCGACUUAAACAAAUAUUUACACAAGAGAUUUUUACCGAACAAGUUGUUACAUCACAUGCUGUUAAAGUACCCGUUACUCCGAAUUUGCAUGCGGGCGUGUCUGGUUUUUUACCGGUACAUUGCAUACACCAAUUGUUAAAAAGUAGAGCUUUUGCAAAACAUCGAGUUCCGAUUAAAAAUUGGAUAUACAAGCAAAUAUGUAAUAGCGUUGCUCCGCUUCAUCCGGUUUUACCUGCUUUGAUCGAAGUUUACGUAAAUUCAAUAUUGGUUCCUCCGAGUUCGAAAUUAUACGAUCAAACAAAUACGAAUCAACCUCUGAGCGAAGAUGAAAUCAAAAGAGUUUUUCAAAAUUCCAAUUUUACAAAUCGUUGCAAUGAAAGAAUGGAUGAGGAUAAUGAUUUAUCCAAUAAUUCAGAAGUGAGCACAAAACCUUCUUUAACUUCUCAACUCCUACUAUUAUACUAUUUAUUAUUAUACGAAGAUACUCGUUUGGCUAAUAGUUCGGCAUUUAUAUCAGCCGGUAAACACGUUCUUAGUUAUUCGAGUGAAUUUAUGUCGGAGCUUCCAAUUAAAUAUUUAUUGCAACAAGCACAAAAGGACCAAAGCAGUUAUGCGGGUUUGUUUUCUUCUUUGUUAAAAUUAUUGGCGACUCAUUUUCCUCAUCUGUCACUUGUCGAAGAUUGGUUAGAUGAUGAAAUUAUUUCCGUUGAAAGUUUAAAAUCAAAUGUACCUCAAAAUAGUAUUUUAGAAAGCACAAUAUCCGAAGCCUUUCAAUUAAUUAACGUAUAUCCAUCAAGAACGGGUAGAAUAUUGAAAAAGUUAAUUAAAAUGAGGCCGACGGAUGUUUGGCCCUACGCCGGUUUAUUUACAAAAUAUUUUAGAACGAUUUUGGACGAAAACGUUCCGAAAUACGUUCAAGAUUUGUACAAACAAUGUUGGCUAAGACUGAAUACAGUUCUUCCAAGAUCUUUAUGGGUCAUGACAAUAAAUGCUUUGCUUCCGGUGGAAAGCAUUCAAUAUGCUGUGUCUUUGACGCAAGAAAACAUAGCCAUAGAUCCUUUACAAGUUUUGAGAUGCGACCAAAGAAUUUUCAGAUGCGCAAGCGGUCUUGCUAUAAUUUUACGAGUACUACAAACAUCUCUUGCUGCAUCCCGAUGCCAAUUAGCUCGACACAUACUCGAUACUCCACUUACGGAACGUACGGGACAAUUGACUUGCGAAAGCGAACGGGAAGAGUUAAGGCUCGCUUUGAUAUCAGCCCAGGAAAGUUUAGCAGUUCAAAUAUUACUUGAAAGUUGUUUAGAAACCGAAGAUGAUAGGUCCAAACCUGGACAAUUAUUGGCCCUGCAAGAAGUCAGGAGCCUCAUCUGCUCCUUCUUACAUCAAAUGUUUAUAAGUGAUCCCGCGUUAGCUAAAUUAGUGCAUUUUCAAGGUUACCCAAGAGAAUUGUUACCGAUAACCGUUCAGGGAAUACCUUCGAUGCACAUAUGCUUGGAUUUUAUACCUGAACUAUUAAGGCAGCCGUCACUUGAAAAACAAGUAUUCGCCGUUGAUCUUGUAUCUCAUCUAAGUGUCCAAUAUGCUCUUCCUAAAUCAUUGAGCGUGGCACGAUUAGCCAUAAACACACUAUCUACCCUUUUAUCAGUAUUAUUAAGUGACAUCAGACCGAAAUUAUUCGGGCCCGUUUUACCAUCGUUGGUUCGCAUUUGCGAAGCUUUCCCGCCAUUGGCAGAAGACACUAUUUCUUUACUAAUGCAAAUAGGACGAGUUUGCGUGUCUCAAGCAUCUUUAGGCGAUCAAUUAAAUAUUAGUAAAAUAAAUGAUGAAAAUUGUUAUUUUUUCAGCGACGAAUGCAAUUCGGAAUUGAUGUCCGUGAAUGAAUUUCUUUGCGUUGAAACUAUAUUAAUUAUCGAGGAAAUAAAUGUUUGGAUACAUACAUAG